UUCUCCCCCCAAACCCUGUUUAAAGCUACAGAUUCUCAUCAAGCGGAGCCACCUUGCAAACCGCUACUGAGAACAGCGACAGUGGUCAUUCUUACGCGCCAUGGCUCCCUUAAUAAAGCCCGCGGGGUCCGCUGGCUUUACGUCUGUAAAUGCUGCCCGGGGGUCGACGUCGAAUGACCCGGAGAUCAUCGAGAUAGACGACGAUGAUGACGAACCAAUGGAUGACGAAGAAGACAUUGACGCUAAUGAGCAAGAUGGUGAGGAUAUGGAGGAAGAAGAAGAAGAGAUAGAAGAGUACGAGGAGGAUGGGGAGCAGGAGGAUAACGAUUCGGUUGAGGAGACGAACGGAAUAAACGGCGGCAGUGAGUCGCCGCUAGACCUUGGUCCCUUCCAAAAUGGUCACAAAGCGUUCGACAUGACAACGCCGGAACUAUUCACAUCUGCUGGCGCACAGCAGGCAUUGCAUCCUCUUCGCCGGACCGCGGAUCGAGUCACGCGCCAAAUCGAGGCGUUCGCAGAAAAGCUCGACCGUUUCAAACAAAAAGAGAACCGUGAUAGCGAAUUCGAGAAUUACCAAGCUGCCUACCAAUUGGUGAAGAGCUACCAAACUCUUGCAAAUGAUUCUAUUGAGGAUAUCUCUAAGCAAAACACGCUAAGGCGCGCGAAGAUGGGGUGGAAUACCAGCCGGACCAAUGGAACAGCGGGGCAGGAUCCCAAGACACAGGAGGAACUUCAAAGAUUACAGUUAGAAGCGAACACCUGGCAGCUCCUUCUUAAUCUAAUCAGCAUCAACGAUCCUCCAAGCAGGGCUAGUGCCAAACAAGCUCAAGAGAAUGCCUUCCAGAAUCUUCACCGCUACUCGACCGAUCGCGAAAUAUGGGAACAGUUCGUGGGUGCUGAUCACUAUGCUCUGGAAUGCGUGAUCAUCAUGAAAUGGCUGGAGCACACUUCAAAAUCAGCAAGUCAGGACAUUGACUCGAUAAUCUCGGAGUUAGAAGCACAGGCUGAAAGGGGUCAAGGGAUGUGGACCCACGGCUGGCUCUAUACCAAGGAGACUAUCAAAGGCCAAAAGCGACUGCGAGCUUGGCAUCAACCUCUCGAGCCUAACGAUCCAGCUGUCACGGCCUCGCUCUUAGUCUCGGAGAAGUCAGAGUCAAUGAUUACCCAAUUGGAUCCUGAUGCGGUCACUCGACAAAAACAGAAGCUUCAAAAACAGGAUCAGUUCCAUGAGCGGGCGACUUGGAUGACUUGCUGGAAGAUGUUGAGACAGGGCGAAAGCUGGACAAAAAUUCGGGAGUGGGCAGAAUCUUGCCUGGAGAAUUGGCGAGCAGUUAGCUUGUGUGGCUCGAGCGUGGAUGCAAACUCUUCUCGCGGGGAACGGACGCCUGUUGACGAUGGAACUACGCGCAUGAUGAAUUGGCGGUCACAAACUACCUGGCGAAAUGCUUGCUCUGCUUUGGCGCGUAGCCAAGGAACCGAAGAUUUCGAGCGGGCCGUCUAUGCAUUGCUUUGUGGCGAGACAGAAGCUGCCUUCAAGGUUUGUCAAAGCUGGGAUGACUACCUUUACGUUUAUUUCAACAGCGUUGUGCUCUCCCGCUACCAAGGCUUCUGCAAGCAGUUUCAGCGGAAACUUAAUCACUCGCCUACAGUUCCUGUUGCAUUUGUUCCCGAGCCUGUUGGGUAUGCCGAUGUGAACAAAUUCGUGCUGUACACUAAGGGUAACGAACGCGUCGGGGUCGAGGCACGCAACCCGUAUAGGACUAUCCAGGCCGCUAUCCUGAGUAAAGGGUACGACUCGUUUUUCCACUCCUUGGCGAAAGCGGUAUCACAAGCGGCGGCGAGCAAGGGAGAUCUGUCCUUCGUACCAGAUCUUCCGCCAGCUGCGGUGGACGACUCUCUACUGAUUGCGGCUGAGGACGGCGAUGCCUUGAGGAUCGCGACUCAUCUCUACAUUAUUGCGAACUCACUAGGCUAUGUGCGCUCAGAUACGCAAUUCUCGACUAAUGCGUCUAUCAAUGUCAUUGGGUAUAUUGCCAACUUGGAGGAGGCCCGGAUCUACGAAAUCAUCCCUCUUUAUGCGUCGCUUCUACCAACAUACCAGGCACACUCUGUGCUUGGCCAGAUCCUGAUUGAGGUAGUCGACCCGCGGGAGAGACGACAACAAGUCAGGCUCAUGGAGAAUCAUGGUAUCGAUGUUGAAGCUGUGUUGCGUGAUCAGUGGCAGUGGGUUAGCGCUAGUGUUUCCUCAGUUGAGCAUUCAAGUACGCUUAAGCGGUACCCCAAGGUUGUCCGUCGCAAGGAUGGCCUACCUGAGGUAGUACCAAUCAAGAAGGAUUACAUUGGAACCGAUGUAUCUGGUACGGAAGAACGCGUCAUUCGAAGUUUGGAAUGGCUUCGCUAUGUUGAUGGACAAUGGGGGAGGAUCUGUCAACUGGGUGCCUUGUUGUACAGGAAAUUCUAUGUCACUGGUAGACUUGCUGCUGCUCGGGAGUUGAGUAGACGCAUGAGGCUGUCGGAUAUCUCAAGGGAGUCAUUUGGGUUUGACGUGACAGCAUUCCCCUUUGGCGUUGAGGAUGAGGUAGAAGUGUCGACUCCAGAGCCCGCCAGUCCGACUAAGUCGAGGCUGUUCGGCUCUCCUCAUAAGCGCAACCGAUCCUUAACGAAUAGACUGCCCUCCGACGAGCAAACAAGCCUUUUAGUCCAACAAUCGCAAACUAUGCGUGACUUGGAAGAGCUUAUUCUGGCGUUUAAUGCACUAGAGUGGUUUGCUGUGGUUUGCGAGAAGCUGGACAAGAAUAAACGCAGACGCGAUUCUGGCACGAUCAAAAACCUGAAGGACGAGCUUCAGGAGUCUUUAGACGAGGUUUCUGUGCACGUUGACGCACUGCUAGAUGAGUGGCUCAUGGGUGCUGAGGACGGUAAGGCAUCUUUGGAAUACAUGAGGAGACAUAUGCUGACACCAAUGGUCCACACAGAGACCGAACAAGCCGAGCUGGAAGAAAUCCGAAAGACCUACAUCCCGGAACUUUUUCUCGACUAUCAUAAUGCACUGUACUAUGCCGGACAUGUGCUUACCAGCGAGCUUCUGGUGCAGUGCAUGAACCUGGCAAUUCAGGUGUCCGAAAACGAGUAUCUGACUAGCGCCUUUGUGGCGUCUCGUCGGAUGGCGGAGCUCGUGGACGCGUUGGCCUUGUCUAGCAAAGCCAUGAUCAACACACAGGCUAAGCCCGGCAAGAAACUUUUGGGAGGCGAGUCUUUGGGCAUCUGGAAUGUCGACGUGCCCGAUGAGGACAAUGUCCUCCCUGAGACGCAGUGAAAUGCACAUGUACUUACAUAUCUUAUGAACGAGCUGGUGUAUAUUACCCUCUUUUCUUAUUUGUGUUCUCUCAUAUUUGGCAGGAGGGUUCUGGUCAAACCAUCGCAUCUGGACUGGAUUUAAGAGGGAGUGUUUUAUUAUUCGGGCGCUUUUUGUCAGGGGUUUGGCUCGAUUACAAUAUCACAUCAAGAAUUGGCAUGGCAUUUUCAUGGAUAUUUUGCUCUAGUUAAUAAUUUGUAUAGGAUCUUGUGAAAUCCUUA